UUUCUCGGGGAGAAGAAAUAUGAUAAUUUUCAAAUCAUUUUUGAUUUUGAUGCAUCUUUUUGCUAUUUUGGCAGCUUCCAAUGGAAUCAGAUCAAUGCCAGAAUCGGAGAACAUUAAUGCCAAAACAAGACGGUGCUUAAGCAAAGCGACAGACAAUAACCUCAGUCGACAGUUAGACUCAAGCGAAUCCAAAGGAUCUGAAGAAUCUGAUGAAAACCACUUAAAUUCUGACCAAAUAUUAAGCGUCAAGAAAACUGAAGAAAGAAACGAUGUUGUUGACAAGGACUUUACAACAAUGCCCGAAGUAGUAGAUUCGACAACGAUGAUUGAUGAUACAGGUGUAAAGCCAAUGCCCGAGAAAGCAGAACUGACAGAUGGACCUGAUGAAACGUGCUGGAAUUUUGAAAAAGAACGGUGCAAUGAAAUUCCACAAGAGUGGAGAAUCUAUUGCCAAAGUGAUUCUAGUUGCCAGGACGAUGGAGUAAAUAAGGAAGGGGAAUGCUGCACUGACGCAUGUGAAAAUAAUCCGAGGUUUCAUCCAUUAAACCAAAGAUUUUGUCGUUGGCCAAUUGAUACCUAUGAUCUUGUGGAAUCUUUUAAACCAGUAAGCGCGCGGCAGAAGAAAUGAAACUCUAUUUGAGAUUGGAAGCAUUUGAGCAAAUAAAUAAUUCCACAGCUUA